AUGAGUGCAAUAAUGCUGAACCAUCCACGUCGACACUUGACGUCCGUGCCGUCAAAUAAGCGGAAAGACAGAGACGGCCUUGACGCCGUGAACCCGUUAACAACCUCAAAGCUAGCCAAGCCGAGUGUUCAUAGAGCUGACAAGCCGACCACUCCCAGACCUUCCCAGCCGGAUAUGAAUAAUCAGCUUCUGGCUGGUUAUUUGGCUCACGAGUUUCUGACGAAGGGCACUCUUUUCGGUGAGCCGUGGGAUCCAGCUCGAGCCGAGGCUGUGCCUGUAUCAACAGAUUCAGCCGAGUUUAGGAAGCAGAAGUAUAGCCAGAAAGCAGAUGAAGCGAGUGUGAAGUCCAAUGCGGGUGUAGAGAAGUAUCAGAGGUACGUAGAAGUAGCGGAUCUGCUCAAGGGAAAUGGGGCCCACUUGCCUGCUGUGAUGAUGCGUUUGCACCACGUGGAGGGGAUUCAUUGGUUUAUACUCUUCUGCUUGGAAAAAUCGGAUCCAUGUGGAACUAGGGAAUCUGCUGAAGACCGGUGGGGCCCACCUCAGAGCGUCGAUCCAACUCCAACUUAG